GGAGGGGGGCACCUAGGGGAGUCAACAAGCUGCAGCGUGUUUUCCAUCAGCGACUGACAAAAAGCAGCGGGGCAGAUGAGGAAUGAUGACUUAGCUCGCUGCGUUCCAGGUGACCGGAGACAGACGGAGAGGACGCCCAUGGAUCCGCCGCCACUGUGAGAGCCCGAGCCCGCAGGUGCUGUCCGGGACCCUGAAAGACCAGAGAUGAGGCAAGUAAGCAGAGCAAAGACGGAACCUGAAGUGGAGUGAGCGCGAUGUCGGAGCGGAGAGGCUGAAGUUUCCCAGAAGAGCAGGUGGACACCGAGCGCGUUCUUUCCAAGUGAUUCACCUUUUUUCCACAACAAAACCGACACCAUGGAGCCGGAGGGAACCAAAGAGGGACACGUGAAUAGUAUGGCGAAAACCGCCGCCGCCAAACUCUCCCAGAUGGGCGAAAGAACUAAGCAACUUGUCAUCCAAGACCCAGCGCGCCAGAACCGGAUCAUAAUGGUGAUAGUGUGCGUGGUUCUUCUGCUGGACAACAUGCUGUACAUGGUGAUCGUGCCGAUCAUACCCGACUACCUGGCGGAGCUGCAGAAAAAAGCGGCACAGGCUUCGGGUCUGGCGGCGCACGGCAACUCAUCCAACGCCUCCGUUGCCGACAAGAGCAACUACGACCUCCAGAUCGGUGUCCUGUUCGCCUCAAAAGCCAUAGUCCAGCUCCUGGUCAACCCGCUCAGCGGAACUUUUAUAGACAGGGUGGGCUACGACAUCCCGCUCUUCAUUGGCCUCAGCGUCAUGUUCCUGUCCACAAUGACCUUUGCCUUCGCGGAGAACUACACCACGCUGUUCCUGGCGCGCAGCAUGCAGGGGGUGGGCUCGGCCUUCGCCGACACGUCCGGGAUCGCCCUGAUCGCGGACCGCUACACCGAAGAGGCCGAGAGGAGCAAAGCGCUCGGUAUUGCCUUAGCCUUCAUCUCAUUUGGGUGCCUGGUGGCGCCCCCUUUCGGCGGGGUCCUCUACGAGUUUGCAGGGAAGCGGGUCCCGUUCUUGAUCUUGGCCUGCGUGUGUCUGGCGGACGGGAUCAUGUGCCUGACGGUGCUGAAGCCCUUCUCCAGGGCGGAGAGAGCGAACAUGCCGGUGGGCACCCCCAUCAACAAGCUCAUGCUUGACCCUUACAUCGCCGUGGUGGCGGGGGCUCUGAUCAUCUGCAACAUCCCGCUGGCCUUCCUGGAGCCCACCAUCGCCAACUGGAUGGAGGAGAACAUGCACUCCAACCAGUGGGAGAUCGGCAUGACCUGGUUCCCCGCCUUCUUCCCCCACGUCUUAGGCGUGUUUGUCACCGUCAAACUGGCCGCCAAGUACCCGCACCUGCAGUGGUUCUACGGGGCCAUAGGCAUGGUCUUCAUAGGGGCCAGCUCCUGCACGGUCCCCGCCUGUAAGAACUUCGGGCAGCUCAUGAUCCCACUGUGCGGCAUCUGCUUCGGCAUGGCCUGCGUGGACACGGCGCUGCUGCCCACGCUCGGCUUCCUGGUGGAUGUCCGUCACGUGUCCGUGUAUGGGAGCGUGUACGCCAUUGCGGACAUCUCAUACUGUGUUGCCUACGCCAUGGGGCCAAUAGUGGCGGGCCAGAUCGUCCACAGUCUGGGCUUUGUCCAGCUCAACCUAGGAAUGGGCCUCGCCAACGUACUUUACGCACCGGCACUGCUUCUCCUUAAGAACGUGUCGCAGAUGAAACCGUCCUACUCGGAGCGGAACAUGCUGCUGGAGGACGGGCCCACCGGCCUGUAUGACACUAUUAAAAUGGAGCAGCGAGAGAAAAAGAGGAAGGGCUUGUGCACGACCAUAGACGAGAACGGCAUUGAGACUUUUGCGCAGCGCUCCUGCUCGGAGGAGGAAUCCUCCGGGGGCGAGUACGCGUGAAAUCCUGCACCGUUCAUCCCUCCAGAGCGAUCACGCCAUUUUAUCAUAGGAGCCCGCGGAAAACCCAAUCAACGACGUUAAACUGAAAGAUGCAACUUUAACACACGCCCUUGAAAUGAAGUUUAAAACAAACUCUUCAGAUGGCGUUUAAUGACUUAAAUUCACCCGUAUCAUGCAGCGCAAAACACUCAAAAACCAGUAUUUACAUCGGUGCGCUCUAUUAGAAGGCUUUGAAUAAAUUAUUUAACAAAUUGUUGUCUUUUCAACAACAAAUUGAGAAAUAAAUACUAUCAACUUCCCAAAUAAAUAAGGUAACAUAACCUGAAUUGUAAUGGAAGUCAUAAUUCCGGCACCUCAUGAAUGCACCAAAAACAUAGAGAGUACGAUUUUGAUGCUAUCAGUAAUGCCAAUUUCCUGCGACCAUUUUGACAUAUGAAUUAAUAAAAAAUAUAUAUUUUUAUUCUAUUGCAAAUAUUCAGUUCCAAAAACAAAAUGGCCAAAGUGAACACAGCCAGUUACAAUGGACGGCCAGUUUACUGUGUUCUUGAGUUGCAAAACGAAAAAAGCCCCUUGGCUCCUGUGAUCAUAACCAUGUAACAAUUCCAUUGACGUCCAAUCAACUCGCUUGAAGCUUGUGCCGUCGAAACGCGUUUCUUUUCAGUGCGUUGUCAACAUCGAUGUCCAUCCACUAACAGUAUUUAUGAGAUCAUAUUCAGGGAGUAGAUAUAAUGACAGGUCUUUUUUCGUGAAAUUUGUGUUGACGUCAUUUGCCAGAGUUGCACCGCUGUCGACUAAAUAUGCAAUACUGUGCUGAAAGAUAAGACAUGAGGUUUGAUGUGUGCGUCUCGUGUGUGUGUUUAUUUUUGAUGAUGUAACCAUGGAAUGCAUAUAGCCUCCGUGUAUGACGUGAGACUGUAAAUACAUGUAUAUUCAUGUACAUAAUUAAAUGACUAUCGAGUGCAAAGUUUGGGUGACAUCUCAUUUUUGGCCACAGAUGGGUUCCUCCAAUCUGGGAUAAGCUUCAAUACUUGUUUUUCAAUGCGAUUUCACUGCUCUGUCAUUUCUGUUAAUGUAUUUAUUUUCGAUCGUGUUCCACGCACCAAAGAGAGAAAAUGAGAUGCCAAACUUGUCACCAAAUGGUUGGACUUCUGGGAGGAGCCUGGUUACCGGGGUAGG